AUUUGAGUGUUUUUUACAAAUUUACCGGAUUGUUAAAAGUUUAAAAUACUCGAGCUCUGGCAGUUUGUAGCACUGUGACGGGUAAAGCAGAUACCCGCCGUUAAAUAAACAAAGAAACACAGGGAAGGAAAGCUAAAUGCGGAAAGUCGGACAGUAACAAUGAGCAACCACGAAGAACCCAAAGACACUGCAGCUCCUCACAUUGUGAAAGAAGAGCUUAUUGCGGCAGGGAAAUGGGUGAAGCUGGAAAAGACUACAUAUGUGGACCCCGCUGGAAACACCAGAACCUGGGAGACUGUGAAACGGACAACGAGGCGGGCCCAUACUGAAGCAGAUGGUGUGGGAAUAAUCGCUCUGCUGAAACGGACGCUGCAUAAGGACUGCGUAGUGAUGGUGAAGCAGUUCCGCCCUCCUCUGGGAUGCUACACUCUGGAGUUUCCUGCAGGAUUGAUCGAUGAGGGGGAAACUGCCGAGGCGGCUGCACUGAGGGAACUGAAGGAGGAAACUGGUUACACAGGAGAAGUAGUAGGAGUCACUCCAGCAACCUGUCUGGACCCUGGUCUGUCUAACUGCACCAUUCAGACUAUCCUGGUCAACAUCAAUGGUGACGAUGUGGAGAAUAUCAACCCAACACAGAAGCUGGAUGAUGGAGAAUUUGUCGAAGUUAUUCUUUUACCGCUUGACGAGUUCCAGACCAAAAUAGACGAUUUGUUGCAGAAGGAAAAAAUAAUGGUGGAUGCUAGGGUGUACAUCUUCGCCAUGGGGAUGGCUCAGGCCUUCUUUAAGCCAAGAGAGCUGCCUGUGCUGAAGCAGUGAAGGCAACCCGCUGAAGAUGAGGAAUGAGAGGAAGAAAUAGUCUCUUUUUUUUGUUACACGGGGCUUCUGCAUAGGAGCACAAAAUUUGGACGUGUGUUUUUAAAAAUGAGGAUUUUUUUUUUUUUAUUUCAGGUUGUGAAAUCAAAAUAUUUGUGCUUUUGGGACUAAUAGAGCUAUGUGUUUAAAAUCAUGCUCAAAACUGAAAACUUGAAGUCAGAGGAGGAAUUCUGUGAGAAAGCAAACCUAUGAAGAAGCCCUGUUUACACUACA